AUGGUCAAUGCCAUAGUGUCACAUUCUGUUAACAGCAUCCUGCCCAGGCAGACCAACUAUUACUGGAUAGGGAUCCGUAAGGUGGACGACGUGUGGACCUGGGUGGGGACCAAUAAGACCCUGACUAAAGAGGCAGAGAACUGGGCAGAUGGGGAACCCAACAACGGGGGGAACAACGAGGACUGUGUGGAGAUGUACAUCAAGAGAGAGAAGGACACAGGGAAGUGGAACGACGAGACGUGUAUGAAGAAGAAGACGGCUCUGUGCUUCACAGCCUCGUGUCAGAGCGACUCAUGUUACCAUGGAGAGUGUGUGGAGACCAUCAACAGCCACCACUGUAAAUGCUUUGAGGGCUUCUACGGAGAGCAGUGUGAACAUGUUGUUGAAUGUAAGAUGGAGGAGGUCACUGUCCCUGCUAAAGCCAGUGUCAGUUGCUCUCACCCCAAUGGGAAUUUCUCCUUUGACUCGACGUGUCAGUAUUCCUGUGAAGAGGGGUACCGGCUGAGCAGCUCCGGGCCUGUGAGAUGCACAGCCUCAGAAUCAUGGUCGGAACAGCCUCCCACCUGUGAAUUGGUCUUAUGCAGUGAGCUGUAUGAACCUGUGAAGGGUUCCAUGACCUGCUCCCAUCCCCUGGGCUCCUUCAGCUACCUGUCCACCUGUACCUUUACCUGUGAGGAGGGCUAUGAGAGGCUGGCCUCCAGCUCUGCUACCCUGCAGUGUGGAGCCUCGGGACAGUGGAACGACUCACAGCCGCAGUGUGUUGCUGUAAGCUGCCCUACCCUCCAGCAGCCACAGGAUGGCGCUAUCAGCUGUGGAGAAGACUUCACCUAUGGAAGCAGCUGUAACUUUAGCUGCUCUGAGGGUUAUCUCCUCAAGGGGGCGAUCACGGUGACCUGCGCAUCAGCUGCUGAGUGGAGUGAGGAGAUACCACACUGUGAAGCUAUCCAGUGCCCCUCUCCUGUGGUUCCUCUGGGGGGUCAGGUCAGCUGUGAGGCCCCCUCACAUACCUGGGGCUCUGUCUGCAACUUCAGCUGUGAUGAGGGCUAUGAUCACCAUGGCCACACCUGA